AAGAAUAAUUUUAUUUAAUAAGUUAGCUGUUUGGCGAUAGUAUCUUUAAUUAUUACCACUUUCCCAAACUUUAUAUGACUUGUGAGCAAAGGUUAAACGUCGUCGUUCUUUGGUAAUUGGUGUAAAACACAUUUGUGUAUGUUCACAUUCUCUGUAUAUAAACUCAAUAAAUAACCCACUAAAUUACUAUCUCGAACACUCUGUUUAUAACAUUAUGGGUAUUAUUCUUCCAUGUCAGAUCCUCUGUCAAACCCAAAAAGACUCAUCAGAAGAAUCUGAUCAGUACUCCUCCUCCGCUAAUAACACUAGUCACCUUCCCUCAGAAUCAUCAACCUCUUCUUCUACUCUCUGCUCUCAACCUAGUCUUCCCUCUGUUCCAUCUCUCCACCAAAACCAGGAUCAAAUAACCUUAUCCCAAUACUGCAACGUAAUCACGCUCAAACCCUCACCAUCUAACUCCUCCUACAUCUCCUCUCUCAUCCUCUCCGGGAAGUUUCUGUACAGUGCUUCCUCCGACGGUCAGGUUCGUCUGUGGAACCUAGACUCAGAAAAGAAUUCCAAUAUACUUUCUCUCCCAGAAAACUAUAUUGUCGCCGCCACCGGAAGCUCUGUCAAGUCGAUUGUUGUUUCAGGCGAUAAACUCUUCAGUGCUCAUCAAGACCACAAGAUCCGAGUAUGGAAAGUCAAUAGCGUUAAAGGAGACCAACAAAAACACGACUACAAAUGCAUAGCCACGCUUCCCACCUUAAACGACCGUUUCUCAACUCUGUUUUUUGCCAAGAACUACAUCAAGGUCCACCGCCACAAGAGCCGCACGUGGGUCCAUCACGUGGACGCUGUCUCGGCGCUGGUUCUCUCCCACGACAACUCCCUUCUCUACUCGGCCUCGUGGGAUCGAUCAUUCAAAAUCUGGAGAACCACCGACUUCAAAUGCCUCGAGUCCGUGAGUAACGCUCACGACGAUGCUAUUAAUGACGUUGCAUUGUCCUAUGACGGCCACGUGUACACCGGGUCAGCCGAUAGGAAAAUCAAGGUGUGGAAGAGGGUAAAGGUUGAUGGUUCGUCGUUACGUAUGAAACACACGCUGGAAGCCACGUUGGAGAAACAUAAGUCGGCCGUGAAUGCCCUGGCUCUUAGCUCGAACGGGUCAGUUUUGUAUUCGGGCGCGUGUGAUCGUUCGAUCCUGGUAUGGGAAAGAUCGGACGGUGGUGAUGAUGAAAUCGGUGUGGUUGAAGGUAGAAGAAGUAGUAAUAGUAGUAGUGGGGCCAUGGUGGUGGUGGGUGCACUAAGAGGACAUUCCAAGGCCAUAUUGUGUUUGGCAGUGGUAUCAUCUGAUUUGGUAUGCAGUGGUUCGGCUGAUUACACAGUCAGAGUUUGGAAAAGAUCAACAUCAAGCCCAGUUGACAAGAGUUACACCUGUUUGGCCGUGUUGGAAGGUCAUAGACGACCAGUCAAAUGUUUGACCGCUUCACUUGAUAAUAAUAGUUCAUGUCUAAUUUCUUCAGAUGGUACUUCUUAUUUGGUUUAUAGUGGAAGUAUGGAUUGUGAAAUUAAGGUAUGGAGAAUAUGGAUUCCUAAGAGCAAUUAGUGUUCUUGCGUGGUUAUUAGAUUGCAGUUUAAUUAAUUCUUACAGAGAGAGUGAGAGUUGAAUAGUACAAUUUUGUUUCCUCUAGAUUAAAUUUCAAACCAACUAUAGUAAUGACCAAUGAUAAUAAUUAAUAGGUUUACUUAAUCAUACAUGUCGGGCCCUCUGGUUUUUCUUUUAGCAGUGAAUAUAUAUCAUGAGUUCAUAUGAAUUGGAGUUUCGCAAUUUUAUGACAAA